AUGGCGGAGGAGGGCGGCGCGGGGCCGCGCAUCUUCCGCGACGUGAAUGAUGGAAAACUAUCCUUCGACGAAUUCAAAGCUUACUUUGCUGAUGGAGUUCUGAGUGGAGAAGAACUGCAUGAACUUUUUCGUGCCAUCGAUACACACAGUACUGACAAUCUUGACCCAGAAGAGCUCUGUGAAUAUUUUUCCCGGCACUUAGGAGAGUAUGGAAAUGUUCUUUCUGUCUUGGAAGACUUAAACAUUACCAUACUGAAGGCAAUGGACAAAACAAAGAAACAAAGACGCAGAAGGAAGAGGCUUGUCAAAGUGGUCAGGUAUCACCGUGGUAAAGACUAUCAGGAAGCUUCUAAUUUGGAGCAGUUUGUGACUCGCUUUCUUUUGAAGGAAACACUGAAUCAGCUUCAGUCCCUCCAGACCUCUCUAGAGUGUGCCAUGGAAACCACAGAGGAGCAGACUCAGCAAGAAAGGGGAGCCAGCUUUCCACCCGACGUGGAGCAAGGGGAUGAGGAGCUUUUUGUGAAAACGGAAAGAAAAGAGUUGCUCAUUCACAUGUAUUACCUUAUGACCUGUCCUCUUUUUCUACACAGACAAGGCCCCACAAAACCAGAAGUGCUCUCAAUUCAAUGGCCAGGAAAACGUUCGGCUCAAAGGCUUCAAAGAAACAAUAGCCUAUCGCCAAACAGCCCUCAUUUUAAUGCAGGUUGGACUGAGGAAGACAGUCAGUGGAUAACCCAGGUAAACAGACUCCAAAAGCUGAUUAACAGACUGGAAAAGAAGGACCUAAAGGUUGAGCCAUUUGAAGAAGUUUUGGAAGAAAAUGCAAGAUCUCAUAUAAUGAUUGUUCAACGUCAAAUGUCUGUGCUAGAAGAGGAGAGAGAAGCAUUCCAGCUUGCUCUGAAACAGUACGUGGAAUCCGCUUCUGCUCAGGGUGGCUGCCUGCAUGUUUCCAUACAGAAGCUUUCAAAUGACUCCUGCUUCAUAAUUUAUGAGUUCUGGGAGAACAGCAGUACCUGGAAUAUCCACCUGCAAAUGAAUUACAGCAAGACAUUCCAAAGAAAUAACGUGGACUUCUUGGAAACACCCGAACUCACAACAACCAUGCUAGUCCCUGCAUCGUGGUGGGUCCUCAAUAACAACUAGAAGCUGUGGUUCCAAGUAAUGCUAAUAGAAUACCA